AUGCCGGUGACUCGAGUGCAUCCCAUCAAUGCCUCCGAGCCACUGGAGAUCGAAACGCUUCCCGGAUCGACCGUGGCCGAUCUGAAGGAGAGUCUUCAGGCAAGAACUGGCAUCCGAGCCUCAGCCCAGCGCCUGGUGGCCGGCGGACGGCUCCUGCAGGAAGACGCCCUUGUGGAGUCCCUGGACGGCCGCAUCUUCCUUGCCCAGACAUCCGACUCAAACUCCACCCAGGAUGCGGCAGGAUCGGUUCCUGCGCCGGAUGGAAGGGAGAUGAAGCUUUUGAUCCGAGCUGUUUGGAGCGACGGGCGCCAAGAAGAUAGGACCGUGGAGGUCAAGUCCCAACUGGCAGCAAGCGACUUCAAGCAGAAGGUGCUUGCUUCUUUGGGCGAAGAUUUCUCAGCGGGCGGACGCUGCAGCUUCGUUUUUGCGGGCCAACUCCUGAGCUCAGAGGGGACACUGGAGGAUCAGGGCUUUGAGGAGGGCGAUACCAUCGUCGUCGUGGCGCCACGGGUACCAGCCAGUCGCCUCCAGUGUUUUUGGCAUCGUAUGGUAUGGCUCUUCAAUGGUACGACCCGUGGAGCAUCGUACGCCCGUCUGUGCCAGAGGAGGCGCGCCGAGGGCCUCGAAUCCGAACACUGGGGUUCACCCCACAAAUGGCACGCUACGGUCCUGGGCAGAACCCUCGGGGAGAGGACCUGA